AGCCCCACACUGUACGCUUUUCUGGACAAUCAAAUUUUAGCUUUAUAUGACUGAACUAUAUGUAUUGUGUUGCAGGCUCUGGCUCACAAGACAUCAGAAAUGUCAUUCCAUUCAGUGGGAGAGGGUUUAUUCUUGGAGGGAACACACAGACUUCCACGGACAAGCAGAGUCAGAGUCCUCCUAAAGCUCAACCCGAACCUCUCGCCUCUCCUCCUGACUCACCGCUUCUUCCAAGACUACAGCCCAUCGAGGCAAACUCGUUCAAAAGAGUCAGCUCAGGUGCAUCGAAUGUUCCCCGCAGAAAGUCUGUUAGUAACACUAAUGCCUUCAUCAACGUCAAUGGCUCACCUGUGAGAAUUGCCAAAGUCAAUGACUUAAGAGGCAAGCAGAGGUCGGUACGAGAUCUCUUCCAGGCCAUAGUCCUCAAAUCUCCAGAGAGAGCAGCCAGUACGGCUGGUUCCUCCAAGCCUGCCACUGAUGCCUCAACAGCAAACCCUGCUAAAUGCAAUGGACCAUCUUCGUCUAGUGCCUUAGACGGGCAAACUAGCCUGAUCAAUAACCAUCAUUCAUACAGUGCCACAGUGCCAAAGCCUACCUCAAUAGAGUCGCAUCUCUCCAAAUAUUUCGGAAGCAGUGCUCAAAGUUCGAAAUUCCAAGAUUUGGGAAGCCCCCAAAAGUCUGCAACUGGCACACCGGGUUACUUUUCAAAGCCCUUCGGAAGUAACCAAAAACUAGGAUCAGAUGCUACGAGCUCAGGAUUCCGAAACACUGGCAGUCCCCAAAGUUCACGUACUUCAACAACUACUUCAGCGUCCAGUUCGAAGCACUUUGGAGGCUCCGAAAAGCCUGAAUCCAACUUUCCAAGCCCUAGAAGCUUUGGCAGCCCCCGGACAUCAGGGACGACGCCUUCAGGAGCCAAGAAGAGAUCGUGGGAAGAGCGUAAAUCGGAACAUAUCUUUGAUUACUUCCAGCGGACAAAUGACAAGUCCGCCACGUCCACAGUGCAGCAGAGAGAGGAGGUGGAAGACACGGUUCUGCCUGCAGUCAGGGAUCAGCAAGCAAACAAUCCUCCGAUCCAGAUCACCGUCCACUGCCCCGUGUGCCACAUCAACGUACCUGAAUCCACAAUUAAUGAACAUCUGGAUUCCUGUCUGUCAUAGUCACUGAAAGGAAGUACAGGCCAUAGGGCUUUAGUAAAGCUAGGAGAGGUGUUUACUAUGAUAUUCAUAUCUCAGGUAUAGCUUCGAAUAGAAAGAUAAUAAAUAAUUUUUAUGUCAUAGUGGUGAGAUAUUUUAAUUCCAAUGCAAUAGCUAUAAGCGAUAGUUAAAAUAAAUGUAUGUAAGUCAUUGGUAGCACAAUACCCUAAAAAGCGUGCCACAUUUCCUUUUGUACUUUUGUGCAGUUACUGACUUAUUCUACCUCGGUUUUGUAACAAGAGCAUUUGCAUCAUGGGAAGACUGUUGGGUGCGAUUGACAGCUUAGAUGAAACUGAGUGAGCGGUUUAAAGAGGCGUCACUCACUGUCCUUGAUGUCCGCGGUUCAUGUCGAAUCAGCAGUACUGAAUUUCGCACGCGUUUGGCUGUCCGCUGUGGGGUUUAGAUGUGCUUAGCUUUCUGCCGGAUCAGGUUUUGCAAGGUUGCUUACAUCUCGGUGUCAUCAAUAACAGCUCUGUCAGGUUGGCCAUGAUUGGGGGCGGAGCUUGUGCCACCUUCUGCAUAAUAAUUUCACAUCUACUUUGUGCUCUAGAGGAAUGCGCACGUUCAAAAACUAACCCCACCCAGAAGUCAAUAUUGGGUGUGCAGGUUAAAACCUCCUGAUGUGAUGAUAUAUAGUUAAGUCACGAGUAUUGUUGUGUUUCAGAUCCAGCGAUCCACCUUAGAAGGAAACAAUGCCUGAUGACGAGUUCACGCUGCUCAGGUUACCUGUAGAACACGCAGAUGUUGCUUUUGGCGUGGUUCACUUAUAGGCCCGUGAGCGUAACAUUGAUUUACCUUCGUAAAAAGAGGCAGGACGCAUUGAUUUGUUUAGUGUUUGAGGUGCUGCAGGCGUCGGUGCUGUCAUUCGUAAUGUAUGCAUGCCGUUUUAACAAGUUCUCGAGGCAAACCGUGCUGUUAAUGCAUCAUUCUCUGUUGGGAGCGAAACUUUGCACAAUUUAUUGUUGGCCAAUUUAGGGCAAAAUUUUUUGUUUUAAAAUGGUUUUAUAUUGAUACUCCGUUUUAAGAUAAAAGUGAGAAUUUUAUUAAGUGGUUAUAAAUGUUUGUAUGUUUUAAGUGGAUUUUCUAUCGUGUUUUAAAACCCCAAAAUUGUGCCUGAUUAAUUUGUUUGCCAUGU